UACGACACUUGUGCGGCAGCGGCGGCGGUCACUCGGCACUCCUUCGCGACGGUUCGGCCUGGUGCCGCGAGUGGCCGUUGCCAGGGUGGGGGUCGCUUUGCGGCAUGGCGAUGGCGGAGGGCGAGCGGACUGAGUGUGCUGAGCCCCCCCGGGACGAACCCCCGGCCGAAGGCACUCUGAAGCGGGCAGAGGAGCUCAAGACACAGGCCAACGACUUCUUCAAAGCCAAGGACUACGAGAACGCUAUCAAGUUCUACAGUCAGGCCAUCGAGUUGAACCCCAGCAAUGCCAUCUACUAUGGCAACCGCAGCCUGGCCUACCUGCGCACCGAGUGCUAUGGCUAUGCACUGGGCGAUGCCACACGGGCUAUCGAGCUUGACAAGAAGUACAUCAAAGGUUACUACCGCCGGGCGGCUAGCAACAUGGCACUGGGCAAGUUCCGGGCUGCCCUGCGUGACUACGAGACGGUGGUGAAGGUGAAGCCUAAUGACAAGGAUGCCAAGAUGAAGUACCAGGAGUGCAGCAAGAUUGUGAAGCAGAAGGCCUUUGAGAGGGCCAUUGCGGGCGACGAGCACAGACGCUCUGUCGUGGACUCUCUGGACAUCGAAAGCAUGACCAUUGAAGAUGAAUACAGUGGGCCCAAGCUUGAGGACGGCAAAGUGACAAUCACCUUCAUGAAAGACCUCAUGCAGUGGUACAAGGAUCAGAAGAAACUGCACCGGAAGUGCGCCUACCAGAUUCUAGUGCAGGUGAAGGAAGUCCUCUGCAAGCUGAGCACGCUGGUGGAGACAACGCUGAAAGAGGUGCGCCUUGGACUAUGGGUGCAGGGUGGAGGGGUGCAUGUGAUCAAGGCAGGGCAAGCAGUCGGGAGGUCCCCCAGCUCCGGACUCAGAAACCCACCUGUGCAUCCUUCCCUACUCUCUGUACCUGACACCCCUCCUACUUGUCUGCCCUCCUCAUUGCUGUGUCCCUUACCUUUGUGUCUUGCAUGGAUUUUCUUGGUCUGUUGUGACCUCUCACCCCUCAUUCCCCUCUGCCCCCUCCCCACAUCUCUCUCUGGGCCCCUCCCUCUCCGGUGGCCUCUUUUCUUUCAGACAGAGAAGAUUACAGUGUGCGGGGACACCCAUGGCCAGUUUUAUGACCUCCUCAACAUAUUUGAGCUCAACGGUUUACCCUCAGAGACCAACCCCUAUAUAUUUAAUGGCGACUUUGUGGACCGUGGUUCCUUCUCCGUUGAAGUGAUCCUCACCCUCUUUGGCUUCAAGCUCCUGUAUCCAGAUCAUUUUCAUCUACUUCGAGGCAACCACGAGACGGACAACAUGAACCAGAUCUAUGGCUUCGAGGGCGAGGUGAAGGCCAAGUACACAGCCCAGAUGUAUGAGCUCUUCAGCGAGGUGUUCGAGUGGCUUCCGCUGGCACAGUGUAUCAAUGGCAAAGUGCUGAUCAUGCAUGGAGGCCUAUUCAGUGAAGAUGGUGUCACUCUGGAUGACAUCCGGAAGAUUGAGCGGAAUCGGCAGCCCCCAGACUCAGGUCCCAUGUGUGACCUGCUGUGGUCAGAUCCCCAGCCACAGAAUGGGCGCUCCGUCAGCAAGCGUGGUGUGAGUUGCCAGUUUGGGCCCGAUGUCACCAAGGCCUUCCUGGAGGAGAAUCAACUGGACUACAUCAUCCGCAGCCAUGAAGUCAAAGCUGAGGGCUACGAGGUGGCCCAUGGUGGCCGCUGUGUCACCGUCUUCUCUGCCCCCAAUUAUUGUGACCAGAUGGGAAACAAAGCCUCCUACAUCCACCUCCAGGGCUCCGACCUGCGGCCCCAGUUCCACCAAUUCACAGCAGUGCCUCACCCCAACGUCAAGCCCAUGGCAUACGCCAACACGCUGCUGCAGCUAGGAAUGAUGUGAGGCAGUCUACAGCAGGAAACAGGGCCUGCACAGCUGGAGGGCCCCGCCUUCGGCCUGCUGCCCCGCCCCAGGGCAGCGUUGGACCCCCUUUUACUUUGUAAAGUUUGUAUUUAUUCCCCUUUAGGUUGCAGAGGGGGUGGGGGCAGCGUGGGGCAGCAGACGACAGGCUCCUGGUCAGAGAAAGGAGGAGUUGAAACUGGGGGUAGGGCACAGCCUGGGCAUUUGGAGGAAGGCCAACCUGGGUAGGGGUAGGGCCGAGAGGAGGUCCUGCCCCCUCACCUGCAUGGCUCCUCCCCUGGUAAAGCAAUAGGACCCUGCCAUAGGAAGACCCCAAAAGAGGGUCAUCAGGGAGGCCUCCUCCUGGUAGCCUCAGGGUGGGGCGAGGCUGGGGCCCACCCCCCAGCUAUUUUAUGUUCUGUAAUUAAAUAUGUUAAAAUAAAAUAAAGUCAUUAUUGUAAGUCAAACCUCA